GUGAUCUUAUCAAAUAAGCUGUCCUACUUAGGAGGAUUUUCCCUACACCUGUAUACAAAUGUAAUGUUGUACAGUUUGUACAAUUAGUAGUGACAAAGGAAAAGGAAGCCUUAUCAGAAAUAGUAGAACUAACGUCUGUUGUUUUGAUCUUUAUGAUGAUUUCAUCAAACCCUAUGAGCGUUUUGGUGACAAUUUUUGGAGCCAUUAUAUGUUGUCUAGCCAAUCAUGAAAACGUAUAUAUGGAGGAUUACUGUAAUAAGAAAGUAAGGAUAAAGUCAACGCAGAACAUACUCCUCUCUGAGGACAUGUUUUACCCCACAGGGUGGAGAUGUCAAAUGACAGUGGAAGCCCCGCCCAAUCACGUGAUUUGGAUCAAUUUCCAUUACUUUGACGUAGGAAGGCCCUCGGUAAUUUAUUGUACCGAUGUACUGAGAAUAUAUGACGGAGACGAUACUCAAUCCCCCGAGAUCUCACCUAGUAAAGGUUUGUGUGGGAGGUUCGUUCCUAAGCCGGUAGCGACCAGUGGUAACCAAGCAACAUUCAAGUUCAAAAGCAUGGUGACAGCCACGAGUACUGGGUUCAGAUUGACUGCCACUGUUCAAAGAAAGCCAGAAAGCAAAAUAUGCUCCAAGGACGAAUUUCAAUGUCUUGAUGACUUUUGUAUUGACAAAAAGCUUAAAUGUGACGGGAAAAUCAACUGUCGAGAUCAGUCUGACGAAUCUGCGCAGUACGCCGGAUGUGAAGGGGUGUUGGCAAAAUGGACUGACUUGACCACUGCUGCAAAAGUUGCCAUAAUUGUGGGAUUUUUUGUCGUGACAUUCCUAUCCAUCUGUUUGAUAGUGACUUGUUGUUAUUCCUGUUGUUCGUCACAAAAGAAAUAUAAAAGACUUCAAGACUAAUAGUUGAGAUUUGUACAUUGAAUUCACAUAUUAUUCAUAGUAUUACAGUACUUACAAGCAGGGAUUUGUAAGAAAGAAAUUUCAUUCAAACUGAGAUCAUUCAAUAGUAAACAGACAAUCACAUUUUGGUUCCUAUAUUAUUGUACAUCGUAUUCCGAAUAUUCAUCAUUUCGAUUUACAAGAGCAUGUACUGUGUGUGGUCAUUUUUUUAAUCGAGGUGCGCAUCUGACGAAUACGUUGAUGUUACAGGGGUUUCAACAAUCUCGUUUGAAAUAAACAUUUUGCAGAUUA